UCAUUACGCAAGAAAACAGAGUGAAAAUUCAGAAAUUGAUCAUCAUCUUCUCCCCUUCACACGUAGUUCAAUUCUUUUCCAACUCCAUUAAGUUGAAGAAGACCAUUGAAGAGACAGUUUAAAUCCCUUAGCUCGCUGCUCUGCUCCCAGAGACGCAAAACAAAACAAAAUUAGAGGCAAAAAUGCUUACUUCACUUUGCUUCGUAUUUAUCUUCAUCUUUGUCUUUUCCCCUUUCGCAACCCCCACCUUAUUGUUCCAGGGUUUCAACUGGGAAUCAUCCAACAACGCUGGUGGAUGGUAUAACUUUCUCCAGAGUUCUGUUUCCGAUAUUGCUAACGCCGGUGUUACUCAUGUUUGGCUCCCACCACCCUCCCAGUCAGCCGCUCCCCAGGGAUACUUGCCAGGAAGGCUAUAUGAUCUUGAUGCAUCAAAGUAUGGAUCUCAGGCUGAAUUGAAGUCAUUAAUCGAUGCUUUCCAUCAAAAGGGAGUCAAAUGUGUAGCUGACAUCGUCAUAAAUCAUAGAACAGCCGAGAGGCAAGAUAACAGGGGUAUAUAUUGCCUCUUCGAGGGUGGAACUUCGGAUGAUCGUCUAGAUUGGGGACCAUCCUUCAUUUGCAAGGAUGAUACUGCCUAUUCUGACGGCACUGGGAAUCCCGACACCGGACUACCCUAUGAUCCUGCCCCAGACAUUGAUCAUCUCAACCCAAGGGUACAAAACGAAUUAUCAGAUUGGUUGAAUUGGUUAAAGACUGAAAUCGGAUUCGAUGGAUGGCGUUUCGAUUUCGUAAGAGGGUAUGCCCCAACCAUAACCAAAAUCUAUAUGGACCGAACUUCACCCGACUUUGCUGUGGGGGAGAAAUGGGAAGACUUUAUUGAUGGACGAGAAGAAUUACAUCGUGCUGCGCUAAAAGAUUGGGUCGAAGCCGCCGGAGGCGCAGUGACAGCCUUCGAUUUCACUACCAAAGGGGUUCUAAAUGAUGCAGUGCAAGGGAAGUUAUGGCGAUUAAAGGACUCCAAUGGGAAACCUCCAGGAAUGAUUGGACUUUUACCUCAAAAUGCUGUGACUUUUAUAGAUAAUCAUGACACUGGAUCCACACAAAACAUAUGGCCAUUCCCAUCUGAUAAGAUAAUGCAAGGAUAUGCUUAUAUUCUAACCCAUCCUGGCAUCCCCUCCAUAUUUUAUGAUCAUUUCUUCGACUUGGGGUUCAAGGAUGAGAUCAGCAAACUGGUGGAAAUAAGGAAUAGGAAUGGGAUUCAAAGCACAAGCACAGUUACUAUUCUGGCUUCAGAAUCUGAACUUUAUAUGGCAUCUAUUGAUGAUAAAAUCAUAAUGAAGAUUGGGCCAAAGAUGGAUCUGGCAAACCUUGUUCCUCCCAACUACCAGCUUGCUACCUCAGGGAAUAACUAUGCUGUAUGGGAGAAGAAGUGACAAAUUGAAAUGAUAAUUUAAACAAAAAAGUGACAUUUGGAUUAUGUUCCAAACACUGGUCAUUGUUGUAUCUUUAACCAAAAUUCUGGUUUUCUAUAUAAAGGACAAUCUAAUAAUGUUUGAAUCA